UCGAUAGGAGAGGUCCGUCAUCCCAUGUGAGUUCCAACUUCCAUCAGAAUGAGUGUGUUCGGAGGAGAUAGCUGGGCAAGGGAAGCGCAAUACAGGAAAAGGAGGGUUGACGAUCUGCUUGUGGAGGGGAUUAAUGGCUCUGCCUUCAAGAAGCUCGCUAACGGCAAAUACGCCUGCCUCGUCUGCCCCCACAAUCCCAUCCUCGAUACUCCUCUCAUGCUCUCGAUGCACAACAAGGGAUCACGUCACCUUGCUGCAGCAUCAAGACUGAAGGAAAGAGAUUUGAUGAAACAGAAUGAAAUAAAUAAGAGAAUUGCAUUGUCAGCCUCAUCUGCUGACACUGCCAAAUCUAGUAAUUGCAACCAAAAGCUUAGGUCAGCCAGCAGUGGCAAGCCUUUGAUUGAACAGACAAAAAAGGCUGUUUGCGAAAUACUUUCUGACAAAUCUCAGCAACAAAUGGAAAAUAGAAGUAAAAAGGAGCUAUCAAACACAGGUCACAUAGCAAGUGCAUCAACUGAAAGCUGCUCAUCUCCUGCGCGAGUGGAAGAUAACAAGCCGGUUAUACAGCAUCAUUUGGAUUAUUGGGAACGGAGAGAGAGAGAACUCAAGUUUACUGCUGCAGGUUGGAAGCGUGACGGUCAUGGCAAAUGGUAUAAAGAUGAAAAUGUUGAGUUUGACUCUGAUGAAGAAGAUCCAAAUGUUUGUCUCAGCUGAAAAUUUGUGCAUUAGUCAGUAGAGUUGUUGGAGGACUAUAGCAGCGACGAAAAUGUAUUGUAACAUCACUUGUCUCUCUGAAAGCUAUAUCUGUGAAUAUAUAUGUGUGUGUGCAUGUGUGCGCGCACUGAUUGAUAGGGUUAGGUUUCAGUUUCAUCAAGUUUUUUUGCUCUAAUUUUUUGAACUGAUAGCUAGAGUGUUUAUUUAUGAAUAGUUAAGGCUUCCCAUUUGGCUUUAUCAUGAAAUAGAAAGUGCCAGCUACUGGUUAAUUCAGAUCAAAUUCUUUUGGCAUGGAAAUAACCAAAUAGGUGGUUUGAUGGCUUUUUA